AUGCAGCUCAUUAUUGCACUGUGUCUAUGCUUUAGAAGUAUAGAAGGAAUAAUACGGCAACAGAUUUUCAUUAAAUCAGAAGAGAACAUUUUCACAGAGUGUUCGGAAGGUUUUCCAGCUUAUUCAGCACAACAUUGCUUACUGGGAUGUCUGUCUAUGAUUGAAUACCCUGGUCCUCGAGUCUGGAAGAAGGACAUCAAAAUAUGUAUAUGUUGUGGAUAUGCGUUUCCCGGUAACACUGUGAACCUGACAAGUUUUCCUGGAAGCAAUGUCAUAGGUUAUACACCAAUGCCAGAGCCAUGCAUCGAGAAUUACAAGAUGUUUUUCAUUGGUUCUGAGGUGGCUUGUUUGCAGUAUAAACUCAACACCCUCACUUACGACGCAGCUUUGUCCAGUUGCCGAUCAGAUGGAGGAGAUUUGAUUAAAAUUAACUCUCAGAGCAAAAACGAGCUAUUCAUCAAAUUUAUUGAACUCUAUGGCGAUAGCAGUCAGGACGUUUGGCUUCAGAGCAGAUUGUACAAUUCAAAUUGUAUCUGGGUAUUUGAAGACAAUACUAAGAUAACCUUCAACUUCUGGAACGGUAGUGUACCAAAAUGUGACCUUACUCAACCGCACAUACGAGCCAGGGCGGAUAGAGGAUUCCUUUGGUUUGAUAGAAUUUCUACUGAUCCCUUUGCUUAUGUGUGUGAAAUGGAUCCGUUUCUAUAG